CUCUCGCUUAUGCACAUGUUUCUCCCCCCACCCACCAGCUCCCCUUGACUGUCUCCUUCAUAGUUGGCUCGCAGGCACACACAGCAGAAUUCCAUCCAAACUGGCCGCCCGUCCUUGCUGCACGGGAGACAACAGGAACCUUGCAAUGAUCUCGCUGGACCUCAAUUUCAACAUUUUGACCACGGACAUCUCGCAUUAUCUGGAGAAUCAAGUCAAAGUGGGACUGCUUGGUUCGGGAGUGGGGCUCUCUCUGGUGCUGGGCUUUAGCGCAGCGUACACCUGCUACUAUUUAAUUUCAGUAGCGAAGAAACCUCAGCUUAUAUCUGGGGGUAAGAAAUUCUACCAAUUUCUUUGGGAGCAAUGUCCAGUAGUGUCAGAGACCUACUAUCCCACCUUUUGGUGCUGGGAGAGCCGCAUCCAGACGCUGCUCAGACCCUUUGUCACGGCCAAACCCGGAGUCAUCUACAGAAAUGAGCUCAUUAAGGCAGCAGAUGGUGGGCAGAUAUCUGUGGACUGGUUUGACAACGAUGGCAGCCACGCUCAUCCCGACCCCGCUACCAGGCCCACAGUCCUCCUUCUCCCCGGUCUGACCGGCACUAGCCGAGAGUCCUACAUCCUGCACAUGGUCCAACAGAGCCGGGAUCUGGGCUAUAGGUGUGUGGUGUUCAACAACAGAGGGGUAUCUGGAGAAACCCUCCUGACCCCGAGGACCUACUGUGCAGCCAACACAGAGGAUCUUGAGACUGUUAUCGAGCACAUCCAGAUGACCUAUGAAGCGGCUCCGGUCAUGGCUGCUGGCGUGUCCAUGGGAGGGAUGAUGCUGGCCAACUACUUGGGGCGUAAGGGCCGGGAAACCUGUCUGAAAGGGGUGGUCGUCUUCUCAGCUGGCUGGGACGUAUUUGAGUGCACGGCAUCACUCGAAAAACCUCUUGACCGCUUCCUCUUCAACUCCUACCUCACCAGCUGCCUACAAGCGUCUGUGCACAGACACAGGCCGGUGCUUGAAAAGUCCUACGAUAUUGAUCAUGUCAUGAAGGCGAAGACCAUUCGAGAGUUUGACGAGAGGUUCACGUCCAAAAUGUUCGGUUACCGGAGUAAUGAUGACUACUAUCGGGAUGCCAGUCCCGUGCACAGGCUGAAAUCCGUCCAGGUCCCGAUGCUGUGUCUGAACGCUGCUGAUGACGUCUUCUCCCCGUCUCACGCCAUUCCCGUUGAGGCCGUCAAACAGAAUCCUCACCUGGCCAUGCUGAUCACCUGUCAUGGCGGUCACAUCGGCUUCCUGGAGGGCCUUUGGCCUCGACAUAGCACUUAUAUGGAUCGAGUCUUCAAGCAGUUUGCAAAGGCCGUCAUCGAACAAGGCGGCGGACUCACAGACCUCUCCUGAAAAGAGAACUGAGCAAAGUGUUCCUCUCUUUUCUUCCUGUCCUUUGUCUUUCAUUUCUUUGGUCUUCGUCAUCCAUCAUUCCUCAGUGCAUUCCAUUCAAUAACCCCUCCAUUUUUACUUCCUUUCUCGUUUAAACUACCUUCCGUGCUGGAGUUCAAUCUUUUAACCAUUCAACAUUCCAAACUGCCAUCCACUCUUUAUUCCCUUCCUCAGACCAAAUCCUAUUCAACAUUAUCCUUCCUUUUACUGGUUAUCUUUCUUCUGCAUCCGUCCCUCCCGUUCUUUUUCCCUCCACAAGCAAAAAAAACAUUCAAGGGCACAUCAUUGAAUGCAACAUUUGUCUUGCAUUCAACAUUCUUUUAGUUUAUUUCAUACAAUUAACGGGUCUUUAUUUUUGUGCUCGUUGAGAAGCAAAGCUGCUCCUGUCCGUUCUGAGAAGCUCAAUCCGUGCUCAUGUUGUUGUUGUAGGUCUCCGAACAAUUCUGUGGUCACCCCGUGCAAUCUUUUUUUUUUAUUAUCCAAAUUUAGCACUGUCUGUUUUUAUUUUUGAAACAUCCCAUGGUAUAUAGUGCUUAUAUCAGUAGGAUUUUAGCCCUCAGGGAUUUUCUUUAUUUACUCAUCCCUCUCUCUUUGUUGUGUUUUUUUGUCAAUCAAUCAAUCGUUUCUCCAUAAUGAUUAAUAGCACAUCAUAAUGUGUUUCCUUUAAAGUCAUAGCCUGAUGUUUGAAAUACACCUGAGUGCUUUUCUUUCAGGAAGUUUUUUAAUUCUACUCAAAUCUGGGGUUCACAGACAUCAAGCCAAGCAGGCUGGAAGCAGGAAGAAACAGAGUGCACCUCCAAAACUUUACAUAAAAUCUUAGAUCUCAUUUUCACUUUUUGUUAAUUCAUGCUAAAAUAUAUAUUUAACAUGGAUGAACAAGAUUAUAAGUUUAUGGAUUUGGUAGGCCUUUUUCCUGGUAUUUGCCCUGAUUCCUUAUUUAUAGACCUUUUUUAGACAAUCAUUUGAUCAAGCUUCAUAGAAUUUAUUUAGUAGAUUUCUAUAUAUUUCAUGUAGGAAUUACAUCACAACCAAUCAUAGUAACAUUAAACUGUAAAAAAUAGAGGUUAAAGUGAUAUUAAGUACUACUUUAACCUGCCAAAACCAAAUGUGGUGUUUGAAAUCCGGAUCCCAUUCUUUAGCUUUUACACUAAAUGCACUGGGUUGGCAUCUUGAAUACUCUUUUUAAAAAGUGUUUUUCCCCAACAAACCAUAAUGUUUAUUUCAGAAAACAGAACUGAAAGACUUGUCUGAAGAUGUUACAGAAGGUAACUGGUUGGCUGAGCUUAGCCUUUUUCCCCCUGCUUCCAGUUUGUGUUUCAUCAAACCAACGACCGGCCGUAGUUUAACGGUCAGCAAAAAAACACUACAACAACCUCUGAUCAGACUCUCAGCAAAAAAGCACACUCACAUGGAUUUUUCUGUUGGUCUUAUGCAUGCACUUUAACUGUCAUUCAUUCUAUUUCUACGCACAUCCAAUAGGUUUUCAAAUUUAGGAUAUGGAGGAAAUUUUAUCGUUGACAAGGAAUGUAAAAUUGCACUGUUUUAGUUUAUAAUGCCUCUAAUUCCUUAAUGCAAGGCAGUCAUUUUGCUAGAGAUGUGAAAAGUGUUUCCCAAGGCCUAAAAAGAGCAGUAAGCAAAGGCCGUGAGGUUUCCUUUGUGAAUAUGUCGAUUAGUUCCGUUAGUAAGCCUCAGUGUUUGACACAGCAACGAUGAUGAAGGCAUACGGGCGGACAAAGCACGUUACCGGCUGUGGGACAUGGUUGAUGCUGCUUUACAAGAUGCAGAGCUCUAUCACUGGUUGAAAAAGAUUGCUGUUUAUGUUUGCUCACUAUCGCCAACAAUGAUCAAGGCGCUGGCUACCCUGAAUGAGUUGGCUUUAGUGAACGGAGAAGAUGCGACUGGCAACCAGAGUUAUGGAUAAGUGCCGCAUGAGGGAUUCUGACUUUCUAGUUCCUAUGAAAUUUAAGCAUUGACUCAAGUGUCCAUUACGUAGCAUGUGUCUCAUCAAUCGUGUCUUGAACUUUAACAUGACUUUGUAUCCUGUAGCACAAAGGACAUGUUUGUUUUUCAUAGAAUGCUGCGCUUCAUUUUGUACACCACAGGAAAAAAAACGAAGUGAAAUAAGUGUUUAAAGCAGGUGCAGCAAUAAGAUUUUAAAGUUAAAAAAACUGUCUCUGUGGUAUAAAUGCUAGUGUAUUCACAUUAUCGAGAUGAGUGUAAUAUUCUGUAUUUAUUAAAUUAUUAAAAGAAGUCUGAG